UUUAAGCUCAGUCCAUCUUCACAUUUGUUGCAUAACGGACAAAUUUGCUGAUUUGUUGUUAAGUUGGGGCGGUACAAUAAAACGUAAUUGUUUAUCGUAAACGUAAACCGUGAUUAUAUUCUCUAAUUCUGUAAUUUUGAUUACUUUUAAAGUGGUUAAAAUUCUUUUGUGACCGAUUCAACAAAAUUUCGUCUUUUUUUACUCGUUUAAGUGUGAACGUUUAGGAAUAUAUAAGUCAGAAUGAGGGAAUGCAUUUCAGUACAUAUUGGACAAGCUGGUGUUCAGAUUGGUAACGCAUGCUGGGAAUUAUACUGCUUGGAACAUGGCAUCCAGCCUGAUGGACAGAUGCCUUCGGACAAGACCAUCGGUGGCGGUGACGAUUCAUUCAAUACAUUUUUCAGUGAAACAGGUUCGGGUAAACAUGUACCACGGGCCGUGUUUGUUGAUCUAGAACCAACUGUAGUCGAUGAGGUUCGUACGGGAACAUAUCGUCAACUGUUCCAUCCGGAACAGUUAAUCACCGGAAAAGAAGAUGCUGCUAACAAUUAUGCUCGUGGUCACUACACCAUCGGCAAAGAAAUCGUCGAUUUGGUAUUGGAUCGAAUUAGAAAAUUAGCUGAUCAAUGUACCGGGCUACAAGGUUUCCUUGUAUUCCACUCAUUUGGUGGCGGAACAGGCAGUGGAUUUACGUCCCUCUUGAUGGAACGGUUGUCGGUUGACUAUGGUAAAAAAAGUAAAUUGGAAUUCUCGAUUUACCCAGCACCACAGGUAUCCACAGCGGUUGUUGAACCAUAUAACUCAAUUUUAACUACGCACACAACAUUGGAACAUUCUGAUUGUGCGUUUAUGGUCGAUAACGAAGCUAUUUACGAUAUUUGUCGACGUAAUUUGGAUAUUGACCGCCCCACUUAUACCAAUCUGAACCGUCUAAUUGGACAGAUUGUUUCGUCGAUAACUGCAUCUCUUCGUUUUGAUGGCGCAUUGAACGUUGAUCUCACUGAAUUUCAAACCAAUCUUGUGCCAUAUCCUCGUAUUCAUUUCCCUUUGGCAACUUAUGCACCGGUAAUAUCAUCGGAAAAGGCAUAUCACGAACAGCUAACGGUGGCCGAAAUUACCAAUGCCUGUUUCGAGCCUGCCAAUCAAAUGGUGAAAUGCGACCCGAGACAUGGAAAAUAUAUGGCAUGUUGUAUGCUGUACAGAGGUGAUGUUGUACCGAAAGACGUCAAUGCAGCUAUUGCAACCAUAAAAACCAAACGGUCGAUACAGUUUGUCGAUUGGUGUCCGACUGGCUUCAAGGUCGGCAUCAAUUAUCAACCGCCAACCGUUGUACCCGGCGGUGAUUUGGCCAAGGUUCAACGUGCUGUUUGCAUGUUAUCAAAUACCACAGCCAUCGCUGAAGCUUGGGCGCGUUUAGAUCACAAAUUUGAUUUGAUGUAUGCUAAACGUGCUUUCGUACACUGGUACGUGGGCGAAGGCAUGGAAGAGGGUGAAUUCUCCGAGGCACGUGAGGAUUUGGCUGCUUUGGAAAAAGAUUACGAAGAAGUUGGCGUCGAUUCUACAGAAGAAUUGGCCGAAGGAGACGAAUACUAGUUUGAGCAAAUUGGUGUAUUCAUCCCUGCCUUUUUCGUGGAACAUUUAUUGGAUCAAUAACAUUUACGGAAAUUAAUAUUUUAAGUUAAGAGAGAGCACAACACCAAAAAUUCAUCAGAUGCAAAAUGAAAAUUAAUCAAUCAAUUCAAUCACAAUGAGUGUUUAAUAGUAACUCACAUUAUGACGGAAAAUUUUCUUUGUUCUUCUAACUAAAGCUUGUUUUUUUGAGUUGAGUACAUUUUUAAUAAACUCUUGGUAUAUUUGGAAUCAGACAAGAAA